AUGAUACCAUCAACUAAAUGGGUCAUUCUCUUACUAACUAGCUUGUCUUAAUUCUCAUUUCGAUUCUUUGUGGAUUACCCAUCUUUAUUGGCUACUGAGAUAAAGAAUCAUUUCAUUGUGGAUCAAUUCUAAAUAAACUUACUGUUUUCAUUUAGAUCCUUCCCCAAUAUUGUAAUGCCUUUCGUAGGAGGGAUGUUAUUGGAUAGAUAUGGAACAAGAAGAGGGCUAUUCGGAUUUAUGCUCUUCAUAAUUUUUGGAACAUUUCUUUGUUACUUGUCAAUUGUACUGAAUAAUUUCACACUAAUGCUCAUCGGCAGAUUUUUUAUGGGCUUAUUUUUGGAAUGUUGCUAUGUAGGGAUAUACAAAAUUUUAUCGAAAUGGUUUAAAGAGGCAUCAUUUGCUUAUAGCAUUGACACAGCUUUCAUUUGUGGUGGUACUAUUGCAUCUACGAUUCUAUUGCCCUACUUAGUGAACAAUUACAGUCUAGAAACGGCUCUUUUGGCAUGUCUAAUAUUGUGCGUAGUUUCUUUUAUCGGCCUUAAUGCUGUGACUACAAUUGAUAAGAUCUAUUCGGUUGAAACCAAACAGGAGACAAUUCCACAGUUUUCAUUCGCCUUACUAACUCAAUUCAAUAUCGACUUCUACAUUAUUGCUUUGAGUUCUAUUUUCUGUUACACAAGUUACAACAUAUACUCAUACAACAACGCAGAAAUGUUUAAAGCUAUGUAUCAUUUAUCAUCUUAUUCUGCAGCCACUCUCUAUGGACUUCCUUGCUACAUGGCUAUAUUUAUAGCUCCUUAUUUAGGUCAUCUAGUCGAUAAACAUGGAUACAGAAUGCAAGGAUUACAAAUAACAAGUGUGAUCUAAUUGAGUGUUUUUACAAUGGUUUAUCUCAUGCCAAGUUGUGAGACUACCUGCUUGAUCAUUCCAGCUAUAAGUCAAUUAUUGAAUGGAAUAUUCUUUGCUGCUUAUGUUGUAACCUUGUGGCCAUGCAUUUAGAUGGUGGUUUCGAAUUAAUUGUCGGGAACUGCCUUUGGAGUAGUUUAUUCAAGUGUCAGCUUUGGAGUUUCUUCUGCCUCUAUUUUUAUUGGGAAAGUAGUUUAAGAGGAAACAUAGAGUUCUUAUUCAAACAUGCUGGGCAUUCUACUUUUAAUCACCUUUUUGGGAGCUUCAAUGAAUUAUUUGUUAUAUUAUCGGGAUUCAAAAUACUUUAACAAUCAAAAAUAUGUUAUUUCACAAAAUAGUACAGAAAUGGAACUAAAAAUGCUUGAUUGA